AUGAAGCUGGACUGCCUGAGAGCUCCAGUGACGUUGGCGCCUAUAGGUACCGCCAGAGCCAAAGCGGAAGAGAAGCAGGAAGCAAGGACAACCGGCUCGAGACAGCAGCCCAGAGUCCCAGGCUCGGUUGCCCGACUCGAGCAGACCUAUCGAGCGAAUCCCAGCACAUGGCUAGGGAGACGCUCGAGGUGUCUCUCCAACUAUCGCUGUGCUUUUGACGAACGAUUUUUGAUCGUGCCUAUUCACAAUCGCAAUUCAAGCUUCAACACUGAUGAUGGUGAGGUGUCUUCUGUCGAAAUCGCCGAUCAGGAGUCGGGAUCCGAAGGUUCUCCCGAUGUGGCUGUCGUCGUCCCGCCCCCUUCGGGGGUCCUUACUCGGUCUAAGUCCAAUCGUAUAGCGUCCGCUAGUUCUCCUUUGAUGUCCGGGGCCCUUAAUACCCCGAGUGCGGCCCGCGUUUCGUAUCAGACGCCAUCGAAGUUGCCCACUAGUCUCCGGUCGUCGAUGACUCCCUCCUCGAAUCGCCUUCGUCGUCACCAGUUCAAUGGUGUGCUCGUUCCCUGGCCAGUAAAUCGGACACCGGCCUCCUCCAACGCACCCUCUCGACGAGGGAUGGCCAACGAAGACAUAACAGCGAACCAGAAUCGACAACAGCACGCCCCUGAUCGAAGAACGAAGAUAGUGAUAGUGCUCGAUAACGAAGCAAAGACGAUACGAAGGGAAAUCGGCAGCAGUGAAGACGACGCGUAA